AAGAAAAUGACUAGAAAUGAUCCACUACAUCGCCAAUCCCUAAAACGGACAAAUUAGUGAUGAAGUUGAUGUGUGUGCAUAUUCAUAACUACGUAGAACUAGGGAGUAUAGUUUGCAGAUCCAAUGAUUGAUUAUAAAUUUAUAUGUAUAGUUGAAGUUUACGUUGAUCACUAAGUCGUAAAGUAUGAUUUUUUGUAUGAAAAUUUUUGUGGAGAUUCACCCAGAAAAUAGAAAAAAAUAAAUCAUACAAUGUGACAUUGAGGUUACAAAUAUGGAGAAAUUGUGUCAUGUUUCAGUUUAAGGUUGUGAGAAAAAGAAAAUAUGAUCAUUAUGAAGAUAAGAAGUGAGAUACAUACAUUCUUGAGAGGAUACAAUAGAAGAGGAUCGAAGAAAUAUAUUACUCCCUCCGUCCCGCUAAGAUUGUCUCAUUUUAAUUUACCUUUUCGGGAAAUCCCACUACGAUUGUCUCAUACCAAAUUUGGUAAAGUUCAUGUGGCUCUAAAUCAUUCUUACUUUAUUUUUACUUUAUCAAUUUAGAGCCCGUUUGGAGACCUCUUUUUUUCGGCUUAUCAGGCUUAUCAGCCAGCUUUUUCACCAAAUACGUAACUUUUACUUUUGUGUGCUGAAUUGUGUAAUAAGCAGAAAAAGUAAGGUUGAAGUUACUUUUCUGGCUUUAUUGGCUGAAGUUACUGCAGAGGACUAUUUUAGCUAUUUUACAUGUAAUUUUUUCUAUAAUUUAUUAAUAAAUUAUAUUUUUAAAAUAUUUUUUUCUUGAAUCAGCAGAAUCAGCCAAAACAGCCACUUCAGCCAGAAUUUCAUAAAUUUCAGCAGAAUCAGCCAAAACAGCCGAUUUUCGUGCUACCAAACGAGCUCUUAAUAUCAACCACAAAAACCACUUUUCUUAAUAAUCGUGCCACUUUCUCUUGUCCAAAUCUUAGUGGGUCGGAGGUAGUACAUGUCAAUUAAAUACGAGAAAAUAUACUACAACCAUAUAUAAAAUACUAACAAAACAUCCUAUAAUGAAAAUAGACUCUGCAUAAGAACAUAGGGUAAAUGGGACAAUCGCCCCUAACGUGAUCAUCAUUUUCAAGCUCAGGACAUUUGGGGCUGCUCACAUCUAUCACUCUAUCAAUUUGUUUAGCUACCCGUGCCGUGUCCAACCAUGAAAUCCGCUAUAGCCGGCAUACCCUGCACAUGUAAAAACCAUGAUGACAGUGUCCACCACAUUUUCACAAUGGUCCGAGUGACGUUUCUUUGAGUGCAAUAGUUUAAACAUAGAGGCCUGCAUAUAUAUGUGAUAAAAUGUUUAUAAAACUAUGCAAAUUCUGAGCUAAUGUACUGAAUAACAAAUUAGAAUUACAAGAAGAUGAAGUAUAUAUACUUGUGCACUCAUGACUAGGCAAGAGCACAUUAGCACCCAUCUUCGUCCAAAAAAAGGAAUGAGAACGAAUCUCGCGAGAAGCGUGAACCCGAAGACACAAAAGGUUGCUACCAUGGAUGCUAACAUGGGCUCCUAAUCUCGAAAACCUAAUGAUUCUAAAACUAAUGGUGCAUAAAAAGCUAAUGGUGAAAACCCUAUAAGUUUGGGAAUGAGAUCGACCAUAGCUCACUACAAAUACACUAGUUCUUUUUAUAUCUUCCUACAAUGUCACGAAAGGGCCUAUCAGAUUCUAUUAUUUCCCUAUAUUGAAUCCUUUUAAGGAAAUUAAAACAAAAACAAGAAGAAGUAGGGAACACACGGCUAGAAGUAUAAAAGCCACAAUCCAGUUUUUAUGUGAAUUAUAUCUUAAUUUACGAUAAUAUAUAACUAAACUUAGAGGUGGGCCAAAUGCAUUUGCAGAGUUGCAUAUAUUCUCAAUCCGUGUGGAGAAAUGUUUGAGGCCCAUUUGAAUAUAAUAUAUAGGUCAUGCCGAUAUAUUAUAUUCAAAAGGGCCCCGAGCAUUUCUUCACACUAAUUGAGAAUAUAUGCAACUCUGCAAAUGUCUUUGGCCCACCUCUAAGUUUAGUUGUAUAUUAUUGUAUAUGAUGAUAUAAUUCACAUAAAAAUUGGAUUGUAGCUUUUAUAGUUCUAGGUGUGUUUGUCCCACUUCUUCUUGAUUUUGUUUUAAUUUCCUUAGAAAGCAUUCUGAAAAGAAAAAUAAUAGAAUCUGAUAGGCCCUUUUGUGACAUUGUAGGAAAAUAUAGAAGAAGUAGUAUAUUUGUAGUGAGCUAUGGUCUCAUUCCAAAACUUAAAUGGUUUCCACCAUUAGCUUUUUAUGCACCGUUAGUUUUAGAUUCAUUAGGUUUUCGAGAUCAAGAGCCCAUAUUAGCACCCAUGGUAGCAGUCUUUUGUGUCUUCGGGUUCACGCUUCUCGCAAGAUUCAUUCUCAUUCCUUCUUUUGGAUGAAGAUGGCCGGGUGCUAAUGUGCUCUUGCCUAAUCAUGAUUGCACACGUAUAUAUUCUUCAUCUUCUUGUAAUUCUAAUUUGUUAUUUAAUACAUUAGCUCACAAUUUGCAUAUUUUUAUUAACAUUUUAUCACAUAUAUACUGCGGGCUGCUAUGUUUCAACUAUCGCACACAACGAAAUGUCACCCGAGCCAACCUGGAAAUGUGGUGACAACUGUCAUCAUGGUUUUGACAUGUGCAGGGUAUGCCGGUUGUAGCGGAUUUUAUGGUUGGACACGACAUGGGACAGCUAAACGAAUUGAUAGAGUGAUAGAUGCGAGCAGGCCCAAAUGUCCUGAGCUUGAAACUUAUGAUCUCGUUAGGGGCGUUUGUCCCAUUUACCCUCUGUUCUUAUGCAGAGUCUAUUUUCAUGAUAGGAUGUUUUGUUAGUAUUUUAUAUAUGGUUGUAGUAUUUUUUUUUGUAUUUUACUGGCAUGUAAUAUAUUUCUUCGAUCCUCUUCUAUUGUAUCCUAACAAGAAUGUAUGUAUCUCACUUCUUCUCUUCAUAUUGAUCAUAUUUUCUUUUUCAAUCACAACCUUAAACUGAAACAUGACACAUUUCUCCAUAUUCGUAAUCUCAAGGUCACAUUGUAUAAUUUAUUUUUUCUAUUUUCUGGAUGAAUCUCCACAAAAAUUUUAAUACAAAAGUCAUACUUUACUAGUUACUGAUCAACGUAAAGUUCAACUAAAUGUAUAAAUUUAUAAUCAAUCAUUGGAUCAGCAAACUAUACUCCCUAGUUCUACGUAGGUAUGAAUAAUAUGCACAGACAUCAACUUCAUCACUAAUUUGUAGUGGGUCAUUUUCUUUUGGCAUAACAGAGGCUAGCUUGAAAAUCAUUGCCCUUGUUGACGCUGCAAUGUAUCGGCGACUUGUAGGCCGUUUGUUAUAUCUCACUGUCACACGGCCUGAUAUUGUCUUCCCAGUAAAUCAGCUUAGUCAGUUUCUCUCACAACCACACCAAUCGCACCUGGAUGCAGCACAUCAAGUACUUCGAUAUCUCAAAGCUACUCCAUGAAUGGGAAUUUUCCUUUCCUCGAACCCGGAUCUUUCACUAGAGGGUUUCUGCGAUGCUGAUUGGGCCAGUUGCUCCUUCACUCGACGCUCUAGUUCUGGUUACUUCAUCACCUUAGGUGGAUCACCUAUUUCCUGGCGUACAAAAAAAGAAACUGUGGUCUCUCGCUCAUCUGCCGAGGCAGAAUAUCGGGGCUAUGGCUGUUGUUGUUAGUGAAAUAAUCUGGUUGCGUUGGUUGCUUCGUGAUUUUGGGGUCUUCUCUGUCACACCCACGUCGUUAUUUUGUGACAAUCAGGCAGCCCGUCACAUUGCUACUAAUCCAGUAUAUCAUGAACGCACCAAACAUGUUGAGAUGGACUGUUAUUUUGUUCGGGAGCGUGUUAUGAGUCACGAGAUUCAGCCACAACCAAUCUCUACUCAACAUCAAGUUGCUGACAUCUUCACAAAGGCUCUUGGCAGUGAGCAAUUUCAGUACCUUUGUUCCAAGCUGGGUGUUCGAGAUCUACACACUCCAGCUUGAGGGGGAGUAUUACGUGAUAUGCGUGAUAUGCAUAUAUUACGUAUGACUUAGUAUGGCAAGUUGCUGAUUACGUAUAUCACAUGGAGUGCACCAUAUAUUAUUUUAUUUCCUUGUUUGUAUUACAUUACUUUAACAUGACUGCAUGAUCUUGUAUAAAUAGAGGUAGACGUUCAGUACAAAGAGAUCAACCUUCGAC